ACUGGGCAGAAGCCCGGCCCGAGUGGGGGAGGGAGGCUCCAGUCCGGAGGAGGCCCUGGAGGUUUCCUUGGUUGUUCACUGCCUUCGAGUCAAUCUCGAGUCAUGGAGACUCUAUGGAUGAGACAUCUCCAAGACCCUCGGUCCUCCACUGCUCUGCUUAGUUCCUGCAACCUAUAAAAGCCGUGACUUCCUUCACAGACUCCAUCCAUCUGCCAGAUGUCUAAUGCAAUCAGUCACAGUGCAAUUUCAGAACUGAAGAGCUUCCCUUGUUCCAUUAAGUCUCAAAGUAAUCCUUCAUCAAGCCAGUUUGUGAGUGAAGCGUGUUGCCAGGAUACCCCAGCUCUCUUUUCAGUGAACUCAAUCCAACAUAAAUCAGAGAAGGUCAGCAGCCAGCCCCUUCCCAUAGCGGACAGUGUCAAAAGGAAAAAGAAAAAAAGGACCAGGGCUACAGAUAAUUUCCCUGGAAGGUUUGAAGAUUUGUACAAACUCACUGCAGAGUUGCUUGGUGAGGGCUCCUAUGCCAAGGUACAGGGUGCUGUCAGCUUGCAAAAUGGGAAGGAAUAUGCAGUUAAAAUAAUUGAAAAGGUUGCUGGACAUAGUCGGAGUCGGGUGUUCCGAGAGGUGGAAACUUUGUAUCAGUGUCAGGGUAACAAGAACAUUUUGGAAUUGAUAGAAUUUUUUGAAGAUAAUUCAAGGUACUAUCUUGUCUUUGAAAAACUACGUGGAGGUUCUAUCCUGGCCCACAUACAAAAGCAAAAGCACUUUAAUGAGAGAGAAGCCAGCAGGGUGGUGAGAGACAUUGCCUCUGCUCUGGAUUUCCUGCACACAAAAGGUAUUGCUCAUCGAGACCUAAAACCUGAAAACAUAUUGUGUGAAUCUCCCACUAAGGUGUCCCCAGUGAGAAUAUGUGACUUUGACCUUGGAAGUGGUGUAAAACUCAACAGUGCAUGUACCCCAAUUACUACUCCUGAGCUGACUACUCCAUGUGGUUCUGCAGAGUACAUGGCCCCUGAGGUGGUGGAAGUGUUCACAGAGGAAGCCACAUUCUAUGACAAGCGCUGUGACCUGUGGAGCUUGGGUGUGAUUUUGUACAUCAUGCUAAGUGGCUACCCACCUUUUGUGGGGAACUGUGGCACAGACUGUGGCUGGGACAGGGGAGAAGUCUGCAAAGUUUGUCAGAACAAACUCUUUGAGAGUAUACAGGAAGGCAAAUAUGAAUUUCCUGAGAAGGACUGGUCUCGUAUCUCAGAUGAUGCCAAAGAUCUUAUCUCGAAGUUGUUAGUUCGUGAUGCCAAAGAAAGGCUUAGUGCUGCUCAGGUUCUACAGCAUCCAUGGGUACAAGGUCAUGCUUCUGAAAGAGGACUGCCUACACCACAGGUUCUUCAAAGGAACAGCAGCACAAAGGAGCUGACCAUCUUUGCUGCUGAGGCCAUUGCCCUGAACCGCCAGCUCUCCCAACAUGAGAAUCAUCUCAGUGAAGAGCAAGAGAGUCUCUCACAGGCCAUGUGUUCAAUGAAGCUUUCUCCUCCUUCCAGAUCUCGGCUGGCCAAACGCAGAGCCAUGGCCCAGGCCACAAAGAGCAGCGACUUCCAACCAGCUUCUCAUAUAGCCCUUUAACACCCCUGUCUAUUUGCUGAAAUUAGACUUGGCUUUUAUAUUACUAUUUUAAAGGACUCAAUGGUUUAUCAAUGUUUUUUAAAAGUUUUUAGAACAAAGUUUAGAACAAAUUAACAAAGUGAAGUAAUAUAGAAGGAAGAUUUCCUUGGAGUUUUUAAAUUUGCAAAUGGUAAUAAUAAUAAGUUUUUAGAUUACAGUUGGUGCUGUGGUACUGAUAUAACAAACCACCCAGGCUGUGUUUGCACAUAGAUUUCAUAAACCCAAGAAAACUUCUGUCUUGUGACUAUAAAAAAAGGGCUCUGAACUAACAGGUUCUUGAAGAACUUUUCAGUACUUUGGGUCUCUGCCUGCAGCUGCAGAAUAACUGGUGGCCAUUCUUCAGGAAACUUGGCUUACCUGCUUAUUUCUUUCUUCGUUCACUAUAAGAUUUCAGUGAAAUAGCAAAACAUAUGCAGAAAAAAAUCUUUCCUUUAUCUUUGUGUCAAGAGUGUGUGUCUUUAUUAAGCUGGAUCCUUGACUACAGAUGUGACCAGAGCUUUGAAAUUUUACUUGUUCAGCAAACCACUCUCAGAAACCUUCAGCCAGGAUGGCCAGUAAUGGAAUUGCUUAAAUUUAAGAUUGUGUGGUGCCAUACAAAAAAGUUUAAAUGUAGUGAGCUUGCAUAGUUGCAGAAUUUGUUUCUAGCGUCUAAUGAUCUGAGGAGCAUAUCAUCUCUUUUGACAACACAACAGGACUUCUGGUUCAGUUUGACAUUUUUAAAGUGCACACCACAAAUGGUCUUCUCUACCACAGUACAGGAAAAGAUAAUGCCAUAGAGUUGGAUAAACUAGCUCAGAGCUUCCUAGAGCUUGGAUCAGUUUGUGCUGGGAGGAGAGAGUCUCUUGCUGGGUCAUAAUACUGAAGUUGGAGAAAGAAAAACCACAGGGCUGGUGUAUGCCAUGUUCAUAGCCCAAUGUAAAGACACUUUCUCAUUAUUAGCUAUGAUGUUUUCCUUUGUGUGUCUCAAUCCCUCCCCACAUUUCUGCAUGCCAAGAGAGUUGUAUUGGAGUAAUCUUAUACUGUACCUCAGAAGCUGUACAUGAAAGCUCCAUUACAGUGUAUUUUGGAUUUAGUAAUGAGAAGACAAGUGACAGGAAAAGAUUCAGAUUUCAUUUUUAAAUGCUACAUACUAUUUCAACUAAUGCCUUUUCAAAACCUGUGGCUUUGUUUUACAAAAGUCAUUUUAAAACCAAACCAGUGAAUUCAGCUUGAGCAUCUUGGGAAGCCUUACUUUGCUGAAAGUGCAAAAGCUGUUCACCUCAGGAAUAAAGCAAGAUUUAUUUAAAGUUGGUAAUUUUUUGAAAAUCAGUAUUUGUGUUGAAGGACCAGGAGACGGGAAAAAUCCAAUAAGCAAUUCUAUAAGAUGUGAAUUGAGGUUAUCCUAAUACAGUCUGGCAGUAUAGCUUCUCAUGUUUGCCUUUGAAUACAAUGUGGGUAUUUAUACAUUUUUAAUGACUGUGCUUCAUAUUAGUGAUGAAUGUGAAGAAUGACUGCUAAAAGUUUUCUAUGUAUUGUACCAUUUGUGAAGGUAAUUAAUUAUACUUUGGUUUUUAAAUGUACUUUAAACUUUUACAGAUAUACUGUACUGCAUAGCUAAUGGUUUUUGUUUUCAAGCAUUUGAAAACUCAGGAAGUAAUAUCCUUAUGUAUGUGACACAUUUAUUAAUAUUGUGUACUUUACAUUAAAAUUAAGUUGUUUCUAAAA